UUCGUUGACCGGUCCUGAAUCAGAACCAACUGUCAGACGAUAGCCCACGGACCUACCGAUCAGUGUUCUUCGAGAGUUAUUCUCGAAAAUUUCAGUCAUCCAGCAGCUAGAAUAAUUUUACCAUGAGAGUGUAUUUAGCGUUUGCAGCCUUAGCGCUCUUCGUUUGUGCUGUAAAUGCACAGAGAAAUAAUGUAUGUAAGAAAGAAAAUGGACUCUAUCCACACGACCAAUACUGCGAUUACUAUUAUGAAUGUGAGAAUGGCGUUGCUAAAGAAGUAGCAUGUCCUAAUGGUCUAUCUUUCGCUGGCAAAUCUAGGGGUCUUAUCCAGAACUGUGAUUACCCACACAGAGUAGGAUGUCCAGGAAAUGAUGGAGCUAUAAUGGGACAGGCUCCCAUUGGAACUGAAAACUGCCCCUGGUUGUAUGGAGUGUUCGCUCACCAGACCAGUUGCACACGAUACUGGCAAUGCUGGAACGGAACUGCCACCAUCCAGCAGUGCCCCUUCUCUCUUCUGUACAACGAUGUCCUCCACUCUUGCGACUGGCCCGACAAUGUUCCUGAUUGCCAGAAACAUCCCAUCUGCAAGGAUCAACCUAACGGUCACAUCCCCAUUGAAAAGUCUUGCGGUAGGUUCUGGCUCUGCGUUGGUGGAUACCCUCGACUCCAAAGAUGCCCAGCUGGUCUGGCAUUCAGUCCCACUGGUUUGAGAUGUGAACUCUCCCAAAAUGUUCCUGGAUGUGAACCUCCUCCAACUACCCCUGCUGCAGAAGAUGAGGAUGAUUCCAAGGCCGUUGGAAACCAAAUUCAAGCUGAUGCCCCACCACGUUCUCGACCCAAUGCUCGACCCCAGGGUCAAUUCAGACCACAGAAUAGAAACUAGGGACCAUAUUCUCCUUCUAGAAAGAUACGUCUGACAAGAAGUUCAUAGACUGAUAAACAUUUCUACCUUAAACAAUUUAAACUUUUUUUAGUCCUAUGACAAACAUAUUCAGUGCCAAAAAUUAAUUGCUAGGAGAAAAUAAAUAUAAACUACUAGAAACAUUUUGGUAAUCUAUUGAAGAAAACAGUAUUUCUUAAAAGAAAUUGUCUUUAUGCAUUUAUCUUGCAUAGAUUUGUUUAAAAAAACUAUAGCAAUAAAAAGUAAGACGUUUAGUAUUAUUAUAAUAGAAUAAUAUUUUUUUAAACUUGAUUCCCGAGAGUUGCUUUUAAAACCUGUGUAAAUAUCUUUUUUUACCAACAUCAUAAAAAUAAUAGAGGUUUUUUUUUCAUACCAGUUUUUAUCGCAGACGAUUUUUGUUUCUCAUCUUUACGAUCAACAAAAUUAAUUGAUUAAAUAGAAUUGCUAUUUUUAAUUUAAUAUUUUAUCGCAGACGAUAUAUUCGUACGAAUAGCUAAACUAUAAUAGAUAAAACAAAACUCAAUUUUUAAUUUAAUAUUUUUAAAUAAUUGAUUUCAAUGAAUUCAUGUCAGCUUUAAAUGCAUCAUUUGUAUGUUUUCUUCGAACUUGUACAUACAUUUCACUGUGAGUCAUCUCAAAGUUAUAAUCCAGCUCUAAACAUUCCAUAAAACUUUUAACUUUGGACACAAACUUUCCAUGUAUGCUCAAGUACAUCGUAAAUUUUACCAGAUGUAAUACAGUUUGUUUUAUUAUUGUUUUAAUUGAAUCGACUGGUGCGAUGAUAAUAUUAUAUACCUUACAUCUUUUGAUUGUUGAAUCAUAAGUUGUAAAAGUUAGGUGACGGUGAUUUUUUUUUUUUUUCAAAAUCACUUGAAUUUUCGUGAUGCAGCACUGAGGGUUUAAAAACACAGCCUGCACGUAUUGUUUGGAACGCAAUGAAUUAAAUUUGGAUUGGGAAAUAGUACUGUAAGCAGAAUCUAGUGAUUUUAUGUUGUAUGUAUCCUUUCAGACAAUAUCAUACUGUACCUCAAUAACUUCUUGUGCUGAAUGUAUAUCAUCCUUUAGUUUUUUUUUUCUCACAAUAAUGUAUUUAUGUGUAGUUUUUGCACCGACUCCGUCCUUGAAUCUGAUUCGCACUUCUCGAAUUUCUUUGUAAAUAGUUCUUGAAUAAAUGUUUUUCUCCAAUACAA